AUGGAACAAGAUGUCAUAAAUUUGAAAAACCAUACUACUCGAUAUAAAGUACUGAAAGAUGAAGAGAUAAAACAAAAAGCCCUGAAGACAUAUAUGGAUAGCGAUGAGUAUAAAAAAGAAGUUGAAGCAACUGUAAAGGCAGAAAAACUUUUACAGUUGCAAAACCAAACCGUACAGUAUGAAAACUUAGCACAAGAAAGUAAAAAUAACGACGCAGCCAUGCAAAAGGCAAUGAAAAGCGCAGAAUAUAUAAAAGCUAACAAUGACUGGUUAGAUGCCCAAGCCAACGCUAAAGCAGCCCAACUCAUAGGGUCAAUAAGGACAAAAAUACAAGCGGAUGAAGACAGUUCAAAUGAAGCUUUAACAAAUGCUGACUUUAAGAACGCCUUCGAAGCUCUUCAUAGUAAGGUGAAACAAGUGAACGACUUCUCAUCUGGAAAGAAACUGAAGUCUGAAGGUUUCGACAAAGAGUUAAAAGAAGUAGCACAAAAUAUGACGAAAAUAACAGAUGCAGCAACGAGACAGGCAGUUCAAAAUGCCUAUGACGCCGUUAGAGCAACUGUUGUGAAAAGUCAAGAAAAAGAGUUACAACAGACCAAAACAGACCUAGUAAAUGCUUUCUUAAGAACGAAAAGUCAGGUAGGACAUUACGCUGCAGAUGGAACAUAUGUGCCAGCUGGUGGAACUUAUAUACCAGCUGGUGGAACUUAUAUACCAGCUGGUGGAACUUAUAUACCACCAAACCCUCCAAGAGAAGCACCUGCACCAGGACUACCUAAAACAUUUACAUCGUCACAUGGACACAGACACAGGCAUGCACCAAAACCAACACAACAACCAACAGUUCAAAACCCUGCACAACAACCAACAGUUCAAAACCCUGCACAACAACCACCUCCACAACCAGAGCAAGGACAUAAAAGAAGUAGAGAACAAGGAAACCAAGAAUUCUUAAAAAUGCUUAAAGAAGACUAUGGUUACCCAGAUACUAUUGACUUUAGUGACAGAUAUAAAGAAGCUAUUAGAAAGUUCAAGGAUGGAAAUACUGACCCGAACCUAUUUAGCUUUAUGGCUCUGCACCAAAGGGGAUAUAAUCUCAAACCUGGAAAAUACAAGCUCGCUAAGGGAUAUGAUUUAAUAGCAUAUCAUCCAAAUGACAUGAACGAAUUUACUCCGAGAUAUUUGAUGUCAGAGCUAAAUGACAAUUUAACUCUCUUCAUGAAACGCGUAAAAAAUAGAGACGGAACGAAAGAAGAAAGGUUUAUGAGUCCGGAUGACUUAGAAAGGGAACUUUUUAAAAACGGUCUCGGAAUAUAUGAAAUGCCAGCAGAUGAGGUACAAGAAACUCCACAGGAAGAACUAGUUCAGAUACAACCAGACAUGGAA